ACGCCAUGCACCGCUUAUCAAAUACGACGUCUUGUAAACUGCAUUUCAGCUGAUUGCGAGGAGCGCGGUACAUAAGACCACGGGCCGACCCCGACUGACAGGCACUCGAGCCACGCGGAGCUUGGUGAGCAGUUGUAGGAAGUCGCAAGUACCAGUCAUGCAUCUUAAAGUUAUGGUGCCCGUUUUUGUGGCAUUUGUCGUGACUGUGGUGGGGAUCUCGGCGGUCAAUGCUGAGGAAUUGGUGCUCUGCCCUGUCGUGGACGACAAGGGGGUCAACGCCACCCUGCUGCCAAAUCCGUACAACUGCUCCACGUUCUACCUGUGUUCUCAGGGUGUCCCAGAGCUGAUCGAAUGCCCCCGUGCUCUGCAUUUCAACCGUAAGCUGAACGUGUGUGACUUCCCGUGGCGUGCUGCCUGCGUCGAGCUCGAAUUGCCCACCGAACCCGCAUUGCCCACCACUGACGCGCCCGUGGUAACCGAGAAGAUCGUCAUCACCAAAACUGUCAAGGAGGUCUACAAGCCCGUCGACGAACCUACUUUGUAAACAAUAAAGAUACGGCGCCAGA